AUGCUGAGUUUAUACAGAAAUCAGUUGAUGGGAAUUCAAAAGAAGGUACUUCUGAUUGGAAGUGGUUUGAUGGCAGAAGCUGUCAUUGAUUAAUUAUUGAAGAGAAAUGACAAUUUCGUUGUUGUUGCCUCUGCUCACGUGGAUGAUGCUAAAAAAGUGAUCUAGAAUAAGGAGAGAUGUUCAGCUCAUCAUUUAGAUGUGACAGAAACAGAGGAACUCAGAAAAUUUGUUAAGAAUUCAGAUAUUGUGAUAGCCUACAUUCCACCAUAAUUUAUUGUUCCAAUAGCCAAGAUAUGUGCAGAAUUAGGGAGGUCGAUGGUCACAUCGCAAUAUACAUUUCCAGAGAUCAGAGCCUUGGAAGAAGAAUGUAAGAAGAAGGGAAUAAUCAUGUUGAAUGAAAUUGGUUUGGAUCCAGGAAUCGAUCAUUUGGCAACUGUUAAAGUGAGAGAUGAAGUGUAUUCAAAAGGUGGAAAAAUCAUCGAAUAUGAGUCUUGGUGUGGAGGUGUCCCAAGUCCAGAGUUCUGUGAUAACCCUUUUGGCUAUAAAUUUUCAUGGAGUCCCUUUGCAGCCAUAAGGAAUGUCAACAACGAUGCCAAGUACUUAGAAAAAGGAGUUUAAAAGUAUAUUCCAGCUUCUGAUUUACUUUACUCCACUGAAAUAAUUCAUGUGAAUCCAUCACUGCAGAUGGAAGGAUAUCCAAAUAGAGACAGUUUACCAUAUUAAGAAUUGUACGGUUUGAAGGACUGUUAGAAACUAGUGAGAGGCACUUUAAGAUAUCAAGGACAUUGUGUAUUGAUGGCAGCAAUGAAGGCUUUGGGAUUCGCAUCAGAGGAGGUUAUCAAAGUUGAUAGAGAGAUGAGUUGGUUCGAAUAUUUACUGAGCAAUAUAAGGUUUGAGUCUUGUUCGACUAUGUUUUUGGCCAAUCAUCACAUUACUCAAUUGGCUAAUACAAUCGAUUAGAAGGUGUUUACGUUAGCUUAAUUGGAAACAUUUUUGACUAAAGUGUUCAAUCGUGUGUUCUCCUAAUACUAUUACAAAGAUAAAAGUGAAGAAUAAUUAUACAAGGAUGCCGAAUAAAUAACUUAUACUUUGAAGUGGAUGGGCGUGUUUGAUCCUAAAAACUUGAUAUUAAAUAAUGUCACUCAUGUCCAUAACUUUGCUGCUCAUCUACAAACUCUUAUGAAUUAUAAAUAGGGUGAAACUGAUUUGGUAGCCAUGUAACAUAUCUUCAAAAUUGUCUAUCCCAAUGAUCCCAGAGUGUAUGUCAAAAAGUCCACUAUGGUGAAGAUUGGACAUCGAAAUGGAAAAUCUGCCAUGGCCAUUACAGUGGGUGUCCCAACUGCUGUGGCUACUUAGUUGAUUCUGGAUGGAGUGAUCAAAGUCACAGGAGUUCACAUGCCAAACAUCUCAGAGAUCAACACUCCGUUGUAUGAGGAACUCAAGAAGGAGGGCAUUUAUUGUGAGGAGGAAGACUAUUGAGAUUGCAGUUAUUCGAAUAUGUAGAGAUUAUUCCAAUUUAUUAUUUUAUCA